AUGCAAGCUCAGCGCGUCAAAGUCACGCUCUCAGGACCCCCACAACUCACAUCAACAGAUCUCUGGGCUCAAGUUUGGUCGGCACUCGCUUUACAAUUUCCACUUCGAAACCUACACUGGAAACCAGCUACUCGAACAUCAAUACGGACAAUUCAAUCUUUGGAUGUCAGUCUGCUUGCUCUUGAAUCGCUGAGAGAGGAGGGCACGUCCCAGAUACCAGUUAGUAUCUUGGAUAAGCUGCUACUAAAUAUAUAUGUUGUAGCUUGCGAUGAUAAUGAUUCAUACAGAAGUUCGGUCAAGAAACAAAUUAAGGAGUGGCAUACGCAGAUCACGCAGCGAAAGUGUCAAGAAUGGAUGAUUCUAAAUAUCUCGAAGACGGAUCCUCGACAGACCCAGACCGGCUUACUCAAGAUGAGGGGAACAGUUAUAGAUCGAAUACGAGCAGACUUCAACUUAGACAAGAAAGACCGUUGUGCCCAACUGACUUGGACUACGGACAUUGAGAAUCCAGCAAUUUGGGCGGAGAUCGUCUCGAAAGUGAAGGAUGGCGUCAUUGCAGCCUUCGACCAAGCCGUUUCCCAACGAGAGGAAGAAGUUAAGCGCUCAGAAUUGCAAAAGACUAUGCCAGGAUGGAACUUCUGCACAUUCUUCAUCUUAAAGGAAAGUCUCGCAAGCUCUUUUGAAGGGGCGAAUCUUCCCGAGGACGCGCUACUACAGUACGAAGAACUCGAGGCCUCGUUCUUUCAGGUUCUGAAGGACAGAACAUUAUGGUUUGGUAAUUUUGUAGAACCUUCGUCGAAGGACGACUCUUUACCCCUGCUAUCGACCACGAAGAAGCCGUACAGGGAUCUUAUCAUAGCAAAUACAAUCACCGUGUUUGACAUUAGGGUUUAUCUCUUAGCCCGACAGUCAAUUGUACUUGGCCAGAUGGGAAGGUUGACAGACGUCACAAGGAAGGUCUCGAUGUUCCUAGCCGCCUUUGGCGGUCGACUGCGAGAUUAUAAGGAAGUUUUACCGAACUUCUUCAUCGAAUCCUGGGUCUAUUCAUCCGCACUUAGUGUUGUUGAGACAUGUGAUGACUGGGCUCGUAGAAAUCUGGAUUCGAGUUCUUCAAACGGUUAUAAUGCCGGCAAGGCGGAAUUACUUGCCAGCGCACGUAACCAGCUCGACAAGCUAGGUAUUCAAUUGGGCUUUCUCCCAAACGGACCGCCUUUUUCGGAUUGCGUGGUAGACCCAGAGAGCCUCAAACCCGUAGAUCUAGGCACAGUCUCUGCGAAGCGCUCGUCUCGGCAGAUAUCGAACCCUGAUAUUCUUGGCUUUCUGAGCGACAAAUCAUCAUUCUAUGACUUGUAUAUCAAGCUGACAAAUAGAGCUAUCGACUUAUUCGUAAAAUCAGGUCGGCGUAAGUUUGCCCUUAAGCUACACGGCAGUUUAGCGGCCCUCGACCUGUUUCGAGAACGGCUCACUGCGGCACUGCAGACGUUUACUUCGUUACCCGCACAUUAUGCACCCAACCGCUGGUCGAGUCUGGAAGCGUACAUGCUGUUCCAAAGCGUGGAAACUCAUGUGCGACUACGGAGCGAUCACGACCGACAAUGGAUCCAUAUCGUCGCAGCAUUCCUGAAGGCCUACUUGGAAGAUAACUCAAUGAAUUUACUGGAUGGGAUGACAGACAAAUGUGCAUAUAUCAGGCGCCUCAUAGAAAACGUCGCCGAGGCGGCUCCUCAAGUUGAUGGUGAACUCGUCUUUCAUGAUCAUCCGAUGAUGAGCGUAACGCCCCUGAUCGAGAGUGCGCGUUGUGCAGGCGACAAGGAUGGAUAUCUCUUUGAUGUUACUAUCCAUAACAAAUUGCCGUGUGACGUACCAUUCGACAAUGUUACACUGUACUUAUCGGGUCGCGGCCGUGAAACUAUGGAAUUUCGAAGUGGUUCUAUAGUCGCAGAACCUGGUCUUCAAACGGUGUCCCUGUCUUGUCCGGUCCCAAAAUCUGGAACAUAUGCAAUGGAUAAGAUUGAUUUGAAUUUGGGUCGUCUUUCUUUCCAGUGGGCUUUCGCAGGAAAGCAGAAACGUCGUCAGUCCUCAGCACCUGCUGAAGCAGCGAAUCUGCCAAAGCUCGUCAAGCUUCCAAAGGACCCUCGUGCAGUGCAGAUAGACAUUCAGCAAUCUCUGAAAGUUGAAAUUGCCGGUCCAUCGUGGUUGUCAGUCGCAAUAUCACGCGGCAGAAACAACUUGACAAAAGCAGAUCUUAAGUUAUCUUCUCCCGACAUCACAAUCAAUACCAAAGAGGGCACACUUCGAAGUAAAUGUGCGGAAGUGAAAUUCUUAGAAGGUCAGAUAUCCAUCGCCAAUGCAAAUAGCGACCAGACCAUUCGGUUCGAAAUGCCACACUCGAAAGCAGAUAACCGAGAUAUAGUGAAUGUGCGAGCAGUCCUUGAAUACGAGACUUCAGAUGAGCCAGGCAUUGUGAGGAAACUGAGUGUCGAGCGAGAGGUUCCAUUGGCACUUGACCUCGCAGUGAACGUGCAGGACUUUUUCCGGGGAGAAAAAUUAUUGACAAAGUUCACCAUUUCGACCACAACACACCAACACGUCCGAAUAUCUUCUGUAGACCUCAUAUCAAGCGACAACGACGCCAAGAAGAUAAGGAUCAGCAAGCACAAUAAGCGGCCAGCGGUACUGACGGUAAAACCUGCUCAACCGGCGAAUUUUGUCUUCCAGUUAGAAAAGCUUGGGGAGGUCGACGAUCCCCUCCGGCUUUGCAUGGUUUAUCGACUCCUGCGCGAAGAAGUGGAAGCACUCGUCACUCGCCAUGUCGAGAAGGCCAUGCCGGAAUCAGACCAUUGGGAACACAGGAUAGCUGUGCAAGAUGCUAUCGUUCGCAACCUGGAAAGGAGCUCAUCAUGGGUAGAAAUGUAUGAGAUGGCGGGAGAGAUUCAUUUGCCAGGAGGCCAGUUAAAUGUCGACGGCGUUCCUGAAGAACUGCUCGCGAAGGUUAAACAAGACCUUCAGAAGCGCGACGACUUAAUCGCAGACAAGAGCAAAUGGAGAGAAUUUACAAUCCCUCUUGACCUCCCUCGACUUGACAUCCUAGUUUCAACACGAAUAGAGCUCGUUGCGAAUCCUUUCAACAAGGAACCUCUAAAACGCCAGCAAGCUCCCCCAAUAUAUGCCGGGCAACCCAUCACAGCAAUUGUUUCAAUCAACACGUCGUUUUAUUGGGCUGGUCCAGACAAGAAGGACAUCAAAGAGUACACGAUGCGCUUCCAGCUUGAGGAAAACAUGAAAGACUGGCUUAUUAGUGGGCAAAAGCGAGGCGAUUUCAAAGCAAAGGAUGGCGACACAUAUACAGUUACCAUAACGCUCAUGGCACUUCGACACGGAGAGUUAUCUCUUCCGAACGUUCGUGUGGUAGCCUAUCCUUCAGACAACAAUCAGUCCGCCACGCCUGUGAGUCUUGAGGCCUAUCAGGUACAGGGAGCUGAACGCUUGCUCGUCCUACCAAGAGGCGGUAGAACGACAUUCUUCCUGAACGUUGGACGAGAGCAGUAG